CCGUCUCCUCUGGAAGGCUCCACAGUGGUACGGCAGCAUCACGCCGCACAAUGGUUUUCAGCCAGUGAAAGGGGGUGAUUCAGCAAGCUGCUGUUCUUCUUUUUUUAAACCUCCCCGUUCCUUUUGCUUUCUAUGGGGGUGGGUGGUGCUUCUUAUCUGCGUACCCUUUUCUUUUCUUUUUUUCAUUUUUGCAGAUUUUCUUUUUUUUCCCUCCUCCCUUAGUUCGGAGGGGCUUGAGUGAGUUUCAGAUUGGGUCUUCUCGGAAAUCACCUGUCUAUCAUUAAUUUUAAACAAUCUCCCCACCUCCAAAGAAUCUCUUCCUUGUUGCAGUUUGGGAUGUGGUUCAUGAUAACCAAAUGAGGAGGAUUUCUGGGGCAAACACGGCCGAAUCAGGACUGUAGGUCUCAGACACGGAAUGGCUAGCGUGAGAAACAUCACCGGCAAGACCAUCUCCGAUCUUGGUUAUGGCAACUCAUGCAAGAAGCUAUUGAACUAGACCCAUUUCCUAUAGAUGACAAACCACACAAGCAGUGGUAUUUAUGAGCCUCCAUUUCUUGUACUACUGCAGUGAACCAACCUUGGAUGUGAAAAUUGCCUUUUGCCAGGGAUUUGAUAAACAAGUGGAUGUGUCAUAUAUCGCCAAACAUUACAACAUGAGCAAAAGCAAAGUGGACAACCAGUUCUACAGUGUGGAAGUGGGAGACUCAACCUUCACGGUUCUCAAGCGCUACCAGAAUCUAAAGCCUAUUGGCUCAGGGGCUCAGGGGAUAGUGUGUGCUGCAUACGAUGCUGUUCUGGACAGAAAUGUGGCCAUUAAGAAGCUCAGCAGACCCUUUCAGAACCAAACGCACGCCAAGAGAGCCUACCGGGAGCUGGUCCUCAUGAAGUGCGUGAACCAUAAAAACGAUUUAAAACCGAGUAACAUUGUAGUCAAGUCCGACUGCACAUUGAAAAUCCUGGAUUUCGGCCUGGCCAGGACAGCAGGCACGAGCUUCAUGAUGACGCCGUACGUGGUGACGCGUUACUACAGAGCCCCCGAGGUCAUCCUGGGCAUGGGCUACAAGGAGAACGUGGAUAUAUGGUCUGUGGGAUGCAUUAUGGGAGAAAUGGUUCGCCACAAAAUCCUCUUUCCAGGAAGGGACUAUAUUGACCAGUGGAAUAAAGUAAUCGAGCAACUAGGAACACCGUGUCCAGAAUUCAUGAAGAAAUUGCAGCCCACAGUAAGAAACUAUGUGGAGAAUCGGCCCAAAUAUGCUGGACUCACCUUCCCCAAGCUUUUCCCAGACUCCCUCUUCCCAGCAGACUCUGAGCACAAUAAACUUAAAGCCAGCCAAGCUAGGGACUUGUUGUCAAAGAUGCUAGUGAUCGACCCAGCAAAAAGGAUAUCCGUGGACGACGCCUUACAGCACCCCUACAUCAAUGUCUGGUACGACCCUGCCGAGGUGGAGGCGCCUCCACCUCAGAUUUAUGACAAACAGCUGGAUGAAAGAGAACACACAAUUGAAGAAUGGAAAGAACUUAUUUACAAGGAAGUAAUGAAUUCAGAAGAAAAGACUAAAAACGGUGUAGUAAAAGGACAGCCUUCUCCUUCAGGUGCAGCAGUGAACAGCAGUGAGAGUCUCCCACCAUCUUCAUCUGUCAACGACAUCUCCUCCAUGUCCACAGACCAGACCCUGGCAUCCGACACUGACAGCAGCUUGGAAGCCUCAGCGGGACCCCUGGGUUGCUGCAGGGUGUUUGUUUGACAGUUGCUGGCUCCGAGGGCUCUUGGGUUUGGAUGCUGAGCUCGAGGUCUACAUUUCUACCAUCAGCAUCUCCACUUCAGCAAAUGACCUCGGGUGCUGGGGUCUCUGCAGCAACAUUCUCUCCUGAAGCCCAUCUCGGAACUGUGUGGAGUCCAUAGUGACUACCGGAGUUCUCUAACUGUUUACAGUCUAACUCCAUCAUUUAUUGUUUUCUAUUAAAAGACUCAUGUCAGAA